GACAAUUUCCCCUAAAUGUAUUUCAAACCAAUAACCAAUAACGGACGACGUAAUCGUACGGGCCGCACUUCAAAUUCAAUCCGUCCGUCUCUGUGUGUGUCUUGUCUCAGACCUUGGCCUAGCUCCUUCGGUAGUGGUUUCGGAAUGUCAUCGGUGGAUUCUCUAUGUCCUAUACUUCACCAAAAUAUCCAUUUGAAUUCGUAUCGGAAGCUCCAUCACUGUUAUGGAUUGCGCUUCUUUCGCGGUCAAUCUAGGUUUUUUCACCAGAACGUAAACCGUUAUAUCCCGAGCUCUUUACCUUUCCCGUCGACCAAGCUGUACGGACAACAUAAUUGUGUUUCAGGGAAUUCGGAGAGGUUCAGUCUUUGGGGAGGUUUUAAUAGGGACUGCGGGUUCAGAAAGAAUCGGAUUCGAGCAAGUAGUCAGGACAGCGAUUCGGCUACCGGUUCGAGCGGAGCGAGUGAGGGCGAGGGGAGCCAGAAUCCCCCAAAUUCGGGUUCUUCGACGCCGAAUCGGCGGAGAGAAAAGCAAGGGAAAGGGAACUGGUGGUGGCCAAAUGGGAAAAAAUGGCAGUGGCAGCCCAUAGUUCAGGCUCAGGAGAUUGGAGUUGUGCUUUUGCAAUUGGGGAUUGUGAUUUUCGUUAUGCGGCUUCUCCGACCCGGGAUUCCGCUACCGGGUUCGGAGCUGAGGUCUCCGACCACUUUCAUAAGCGUGCCGUAUAGUGAGUUUCUGAGUAAGAUAAAUAGCGACCAGGUGCAGAAGGUUGAGGUUGAUGGGGUUCAUAUCAUGUUUAAGUUGAAGUCUGAGCCGGGGAGUCAGGAAACUGAAGUUGGGGGAGCGAGUAGUAAGUUGCUUGAGUCCGAGUCUUUGCUUAGGAGUGUGGCGCCAACGAAGAGGAUAGUUUACACAACCACUCGGCCUAGCGAUAUAAAAGCUCCAUACGAGAAGAUGCUCGAGAAUGCAGUGGAGUUUGGGUCGCCCGAUAGGCGGUCGGGUGGAUUCUUGAACUCUGCAUUGAUAGCUUUGUUUUACGUUGCUGUACUUGCUGGGCUUCUCCACCGGUUUCCUGUAAGCUUUUCCCAGCAUACAGCUGGCCAGAUUAGGAAGCGGAAAUCUGGGGGUUCUAGUGGUGCAAAAGCAUCUGAGCAAGGUGAAAUAAUCACAUUUGCUGAUGUUGCUGGUGUUGAUGAGGCUAAGGAGGAGUUAGAAGAGAUCGUGGAAUUUCUUCGGAAUCCUGAUAGGUAUAUACGACUUGGUGCUCGUCCUCCUAGAGGUGUUCUCUUGGUGGGUCUUCCUGGGACAGGUAAGACUCUUCUGGCAAAGGCUGUGGCUGGGGAAGCUGAAGUGCCGUUUAUUAGUUGUUCUGCCAGUGAGUUUGUAGAGUUGUAUGUUGGCAUGGGUGCCUCCCGUGUGAGAGAUCUAUUUGCACGGGCAAAGAAGGAGGCACCAUCAAUAAUCUUUAUUGACGAGAUUGAUGCCGUAGCAAAAAGCCGUGAUGGAAAAUAUCGAAUUGUUAGCAAUGAUGAGCGAGAACAGACCUUGAAUCAGCUGCUCACUGAGAUGGAUGGGUUUGAUAGUAACUCAGCCGUGAUUGUUCUUGGAGCAACUAAUCGCUCAGAUGUAUUAGACCCUGCACUUCGUCGACCAGGGAGAUUUGACCGAGUGGUUAUGGUGGAACCGCCCGAUAGGUGUGGAAGAGAAGCCAUUUUAAAAGUACAUGUUUCCAAUAAAGAGCUUCCUCUUGCAAAUGAUGUUGACCUUGGUGGCAUUGCCUCUAUGACUACUGGUUUCACUGGGGCUGAUCUUGCUAACUUAGUAAAUGAAGCUGCUUUGUUGGCUGGAAGACAAAAGAAACUUAUUGUGGAGAAAAUUGAUUUCAUUCAUGCAGUGGAAAGAUCAAUAGCUGGCAUAGAGAAGAAGACAGCUAAGUUGCAAGGAAGUGAGAAAGCUGUAGUUGCACGGCAUGAAGCUGGUCAUGCGGUAGUAAGCACUGCUGUUGCAAGUCUUCUUCCUGGACAACCACGUGUUGAGAAGUUAAGCAUAUUGCCAAGGUCAGGAGGAGCACUAGGCUUUACUUAUACGCCUCCAACAAAUGAAGAUAGAUAUUUGUUGUUCAUUGAUGAGUUACGAGGCCGCUUGGUUACUCUUCUUGGAGGGCGUGCCGCUGAAGAAGUGGUUUAUUCAGGUCGUGUGUCAACUGGUGCCUCUGAUGAUAUACGGCGAGCAACUGAUAUGGCAUACAAGGCAGUAGCUGAAUAUGGCCUUAAUGAGACCAUAGGCCCUGUUUCUAUAACCAUACUUUCUGGUGGUGGGAUUGAUGAGUCUGGGGGAGCUGUUCCUUGGGGAAGGGAUCAGGGGCAUCUUGUCGAUCUUGUUCAAAGAGAGGUGAAAGCAUUGUUGCAAUCUGCUUUGGACAUAGCACUUUCAGUUGUGCGUGCUAAUCCUACUGUUUUAGAGGGCCUUGGUGCCUAUUUGGAAGAGAAAGAGAAAGUUGAAGGCGAAGAGCUACAAGAGUGGUUAAAACUGGUUGUUGCCCCUACAGAACUUAAAGUUUUUAUUGCAGGCAAGCAAGAGUCUCUUCUCCCACUGCAGACUGGCUCUUGAGAAUGACUACCCCUUGUUCUUCUACUUUUUUGUGUGAAAGAAGUUAGUUACCAAGCUUUUAGCCGGUGAUGCGUAAUUGCAUCAGUGAACUCAUUCUCCAGAUUGGUCAUGGCUCACCCUUACCACUUUGUAAAUUUCAGCGAGGUAAAUUUUGGCUUUAUUUAUCGGCUUCUACAUCAUGUUCCAUAUCUCACACUUCACCAGCUUAAAACCAGAUAUAGUGAGAAAGGGCUGAAGAUUUAUCUUGGUCAGAGGGCUCUCUAUUGUCGCACGUUAACACGACACAUUUGGGUUGCUGGAAUCCAUUGUACAUUAGCUUUUAUAAUUUUAUUCACCUCUAUACAGAGUCUGGGAUUGAUUGAAAAGAAUGUCAGUAUCUUCAAUUGUAAUUGCUAUUCAGUUGUAUAUGCCAUGGUUCCAAUCAUAUCGCUCCACACAUGUUAGGUCAGAAAGUCCAGAUGAACGUUGUGAGUGCAUUUAGUCAUUAUAAAGGGCUUCUUUCAUCUGUAGGGGCAUUCUUCAGGACCACAA